CCAGCGCCUACAGGUUAUCGAUGGUGAUUCUUAUUGACCUUUAUGAAUAAAGGAUUGAACUAGACUGAAAAAAAGUUGUAUGAACUGAAGAACUGAUUCAUUUAACUAUCAGUCUAUUCUUAAUCAAUAGUCAGUCUUAAAUUCUUGUGCUUGAUUAAAAUUAAGAAUCAUUAUGAUAGCUUCCACUGAACUAUUUCUAGCACAUACAACAUUUUGUUAAACCACCAUUGUAAACCAGGAAGUAUUGAACGGUCGUUUCGUUCUAUGGUGAGACUUCUCAACAGUGCGUAUCCACAAUCUCGCUCGCGGGAUUCGAACCUCUAGAGCCUUCAGUCUCGAGCGCGAGGGCUAAACAACUAGAUCACUGAGCCAGCAUCCAAUGGUGUUAACGUCUAACUUUAACCAAUCCACAAAAUUACGCGACAAUCUUCGAUUGUAUGGAGGUAGAUACCUGUCUCUACCCGACAUGGAUUAUCUAUUUCUAACACAUACAACACAUUUAUUAAACAUUAGGAUUUAUUUAUUUAUUUUGCUUUACAUUAAUUCAAGGUAUUAUAAAUAUUGUGGAGUCAAAUUUUGGAAAAUUAUCCGGAAGCAUUAAAGUAUUUUAUGGAGUUUGGAAAACGGGUCAAGUGGAUAUUAUUCAUAAUGAUAAGUUUCUAACGGUAAGAUGGCCUAAUCUUAACAUUUACAAUGCACAUGGAAAAGAAAUGAAAGAACGUGCACAAAUAACAUGCACAAUACAUGUUAAUGGGAACAUAUCGAUUUUCUUUGAAACAAUACCGAAUGGAACAUUUAAUGAAACAGAAGAAUCUAUGCCUGGAAGUACUAUAUAUUAUCCAACGAAAAUUCAAAAUAAUGCCUAUUCACCUUAUUACAAAAACACUGCGAUAAAAGUUCCUGCAUUCUUGAUAAAGUCGAACACCUUGAUGGAGUUUAUACCAGAUCCAAUUUGCUCUGAUCAAACAUCAUGCGGUGAAUGCCUCAAACCAGGUGCAUUCGCUACAAAAUGUUAUUGGUGUCCAAGAACAAGAAGGUGUACUAAUACUCAUGAUAGUUAUGGGAGAAUAUGGAAGAAAGGAGAGUGUCAAAUACAGAAUAGUAAAAAUUGUACUGUUCAGAACGAUGUUCUAACUACUCCGAUCCGAAAUAUCAUCGGUGUAGCAAAAUCCUCGAUCAGAAGAAAUAAACUUACAAAUCUCACACAGAAAAUUACAAACAACAAAUUAUCAGAACAUGUACCCAAUACGACUACUGUUCAAAAUAGUAAAAAUUGUACUGUUCAGAACGAUGUUCUAACUACUCCGAUCCGAAAUAUCAUCGGUGUAGCAAAAUCCUCGAUCAGAAGAAAUAAACUUACAAAUCUCACACAGAAAAUUACAAACAACAAAUUAUCAGAACAUGUACCCAAUACGACUACUGUUCAAGUAAUUCAAGUUAAUAAAACAUUGAGUAUUCAACUAGGCAAUAUGUUUUUUAUACUUCACCAUGUGAUUGAUAGUUCGUAUAUAAUCUUAUGGAUGUUAGCGACUGUAUUCAUUAUUCACUUUAUUAUCCUUUUCAAUAUAUUAUGUAAUCUAUUAUAACUUUCUUACUUCUUAUGAAUGAUUUCUUUGUUAUCACGAUAUUUAUUCACAAGUUAUUAUUCUUAUUUAUUCACUUAUUCACUGUAUGUUCUGAGAAGUUGUAUGUUUCUAGGGCAAUGUUGGUCUUCAUUAUUUGAUUUGUGCAUACAUGAUUAUUAUUAAACAGGAAUUGAAUGGAUUUUCAUCAGAAUAGUCAUUGAAUUACAAAAUGAAUUAAAGACAGAUAGCAAAACUAAAUGACAAGAGAUCCAAAUGUUUUAUGAAAUAUGUAAAAAGAUAACUGUUAAAUUGUGCACAAUAUUUCAAAUUGUUGUUGUGUCCCGAUAAGAAUAAUGAAUGGUCAUUUUCUGGGAUCUAUUUAUGGAUCAAUAUUUUGCGUAUAUUUUUGUUGUAUAAUUGUCAAUUAACUAAACUAUUCAUAUUCAUGUCUCUCUUGAUAUAAGCUUUAUUUUGACUUAUGAACUGUUAUUAUACGAUUUUCCAUUCUUGAAUUAUUCCCUGUCUAUUAAUAACUACCUCCUACAUUCACAGCCACAUUUGGCCAAAUCUUGUACAAAUGUUGUUUCAUAUUUUAUUGGUCUGUUUGAUUGGUAUAUAAACUCAGUAUGUUUGAAAUAUGAGGAUUCAUAUUGUAGAGGCCCGGAUUGGUGUUCUGAACUCAACUGGCUGGGCUAGGUGGAAAGCAGGACCAAUCAAGACUCUAGACUGGUCGCACGUGUUUUACGCGCCCUUGGUCCGAUCGAUAAUUCGCUGCUCCCUAAUUGGCGGUUACAAGUUAUAACAACUGUUUAACUAUAUCGAUUUUUCGUUCACUACCAUGUAAUAAAUCUGUGACUUUUCAGACCUAAAUUUUACAAAUACUUAAUUCUACUAACAUUUUGUAGUGAAAGAGAAAACAAGUGAAGACAGUCGAUUAUAUAUAGCACAAAAUUACAGAGCUACUUAGUAAAAUAAAAAAUUCACACUUCAAAUACUUCAUUUGCAAAAUGUUUAAUAAUUGUCUCACAUUCCAUUGUUCCUGCAUUUCUGUACCAAUUGCUUUCUGUCCCUAUUCUUCCCUUCUUGAUCUUAUCAACCUUUUGCCGCCAGACAUUUUAUUCCUGACUAGCGUUAUAUGCUACUUAUGUCGAUAUAAGUAGCACACACUACAAUUCCAUUAGCGAGAAUUUAUCUUUUUGCACACAAAUUC